CCAGAGUCACGCUCGGCAUCACCACAAUGUUAACACUGGUCACCAGCGCUAAGAGCGCUCGCGAUAAGUUGCCCAGAGUUUCCUACAUACAUGCCCUCGAUAUUUGGAUUAUUGUUUGCACAAUAUUUAUAUUCGCAUCACUCGUUGAAUACGCGACCGUAAACUUCAUCUAUCAUAAGGAGAAGAGGAGAACAAACAAAUCAAAGGCUAAUAAGAAGAAUAAUAUACAGAAUAGCAAUGCCGCCUCCGAGUCCUUUGACUCAAAAAAGAGGUUCAAUGAUAAGGACGGGAAGCGAUGGCGGCAUUGAACUAAUUGUGCCAAAUCUCACACUUGAUCAUACAUUGAAUCGGUCGAGACUAACGCCAAAAACCAGCAAAACUAAUAUAUUUUCGCCCGUAUUUAUAGCCAAACCGCAAGAUAUUGCUAAUGAAAUUGACCGCAAGUGUCGUCUCAUAUUUCCCAUCAGUUUUCUAAUAAUAAAUAUAAUUUAUUGGACAACUCUUGCCUUAAUGUCAUAAAAGUGAC